AUGAUUGCCCUCGAGGCUCGUCCAAAUAAGGCUGCUCACGGCCGCAACGCCGGUUUCCAACGCGGAGCGGCCCACAGCAGGAUCGAUCCGAUCGAGCGUCCUCCGACCCCCUCCUCGUUCCAGGACCGCUACACGGCGGGCCGAGCAAUCGAAGCGCCCUACUCUCUCUACACGGCGUCGCAUCGCAGCCUUCACAUCAAACGGCAGCCGGUGGCGACCUUUGGUCGCCGCAGCGUGGACCGCUGCCCUAGCGCUCGCUACAGCGCCUCGACAGGUCUUGCCCAGGCCGCAGCAGCGACAUCAAGACUGGCGCGCGGCUUGCACAUGGCCCCACCCGACCUGUUUCGCAGAGCUCUGCGCACUCAGCGUUCCAACGCUCAGCGGUCGCCGUUGCAAUUCUGCACAGGCCGGGGCCCGCUCCCGUACCUGCAUUGUCGGUCGCGCUUGAUUUCUCUGCUGGACCACAUGCAACCAACUUACCGUCCACAUCCGCCGUGCAUGUCCCAGCCGCCGCCGGUUUGA